GCGCGUCACGUGUGUGCGGCCGGGCUGGGGCGGGUUGGGAGGCGGCAGACGGCACUGUCCCGGGCGCGGCGCGGCGACAUGUCCCACCAGACCGGUAUCCAAGCUAGUGGGAGUGUUAAAGAUACCUUUGUUGGAGCCAGAAAUGGACAGUACAGGCUUCUAAAAAUAGUCAUUGACAAUGAGCAGCUUGUUCUGGGAUCCACUAGGCGGCCAGUUGGAUCAUGGGAAAAGGAUUAUGAUUCUUUUGUCCUUCCCCUUCUUGAAGACAAGCAACCAUGCUAUAUAUUAUACAGAUUAGAUUCUCAGAAUGCUCAAGGGUAUGAAUGGAUCUUCAUUGCAUGGUCACCUGAUCACUCUCCUGUUCGUCAAAAAAUGUUGUAUGCAGCAACCCGAGCAACACUUAAAAAAGAAUUUGGAGGUGGUCAUAUUAAGAAUGAAGUAUUUGGAACCGUGCAGGAUGAUGUUUCAUUGAAUGGAUAUAAAAAAUAUUUGAUAUCACAGUCUUCCCCUGCACCCCUGACUGCAGCAGAAGAGGAACUUCGACAAAUUAAGAUUAAUGAGGUACAGACGGACAUUGGUGUAGACACUAAGCAUCAAACGUUACAAGGAGUAGCAUUCCCCAUUGCUAAAGAAGCUCUUCAGGCUUUGGAGAAUUUGAAAAAUAAGAAACUCAAUUAUGUCCAACUGCAAAUUGAUAUGAAAAAUGAAAUUAUUGUUUUGGCCAACACACUUCAUACUGAACUUAAGGACUUGCCAAAAAGGAUUCCAAAGGAUGCUGCACGUUACCACUUUUUCCUGUAUAAGCAUGCACAUGAAGGAGACUAUUUGGAAUCCAUAGUUUUCAUCUACUCCAUGCCAGGAUAUACCUGUAGUAUACGAGAACGAAUGCUCUACUCCAGUUGCAAAAGCCCACUGUUAGAAAUUGUAGAAGGACAGUUGUGGAUGCAGAUAAUUAGAAAGAUUGAAAUAGAUAAUGGUGAUGAGUUAACUGCUGACUUUCUUUAUGAAGAGGUUCACCCAAAACAACAUGCUCACAAACAAAGUUUUGCUAAGCCAAAAGGUCCCGCAGGGAAAAGGGGAAUACGAAGACUGAUCAGAGGUCCAGCAGAGACUGAAACACCUAGUGAUUAGAAACUGUUCUUUGCAUUUAUUUUAAGGUAUCACAUUAAGAAAUGAAAUUCUGGCUUUUUGAUAAAUGAACUGAAAUCAUUCCAUUCAUAGAUGCUGGGGGGGGGGGGGGGGAAAGGGCUCUUUUUACUCUUCUCUUCUGACCUCAAUACUUUUUAUAUUGUUACAUGAUUAUAUUUGUUGACCAUGUUUUAUGACAUGUGGAUGAACUAAUUAUAGUAAAGCUAGAAGGUGAAAACUAAGCUAGUAGCCCUUUAUUUGAAAUUAGAACUCAUUAUUUAACAGCUGUACAUGUGAUCAAAAACUUUGCAGAUGUAAGACUAUGAAGCUCAUGUAUUCUGUGGGUGAAUUGCAGCUGCAUGCUUAGGUAACAGCCCUGCAUUCUCAUGGGUAGCCUUUUGAAACUCAUAAGACUUUCCAUGUGAGAAGAGUUGAAGGACUGCAUAGUGUUGUCCCAGAGCAGGUUUCCUUCUGGUUUUGACAUGAUGCAUUGUUGGGUUUUGUUGUUUUGUUUGGUUUGAUGCAAGUUGGUUUUUUUUUUAAUAGAAAAGAUAAACUGAGUGAAAAGUGUUCAGGAAUAGCUGCAUAUUUUCCCAUACAAAAACUCGGUCAUUUCAAACGUAUAACCAACUUAAUGGAAUUGUCUUUUAAAGCAAUCUGACAUAAAGCCUCUACAGCUUUUCCGGAUUUUAAUACCACUAAGCCUUGCACAUUAAGUACUGAAUGACCAAGUUAAAUGUGAUUAAAAGUGCACGAGUUAAUAUGUUCAAUAGGUUAUGGAGCUGCUUUCAAAGCAAUAUGCUUAAUGUUUCUAAUAAAUUGAUCAUCUGUGCACUUGCAUCUAAAACUGUAAGCUUAGUGAAAGAUGAAACAGACUUCAUCAGGGUGAGUUAUUCUUGAGAUCCUGGUGUGUUUGCAGUAUCAGUUAACUUCAAGCUAUUCUGAAAAUUAUUUUUCCUAAAUUAUUGGACUUUAAUAGUCAAUUAAAUCUCUAACAAAAUCCAGCUAGGGGCUAGGUCUUGAAUGUCUGCUGGCAGCACCUGGUUAGGAUUUUUACUUUUUUCUCCUUUUUUUUUGCUUCCUUUCCCCCUUUCUUCUCCCUUUUUUUCCCCCCAGAAAUACUACAGGCAGCCCAAGUAGUCUAACGUUGAUUAAACCAUAAGCAAUGUGUUUAAUUGGAAAAAUAGGUUUUUUCAAUAAGUGAAUUUAAAAAAUACUUAGAUGUGCAAAUCGAGUAUUGAACCAACCUUAAGUAUUUAUAAUUCCCCAGUGUGGACUUUCUGGUUAGUGUCAUCUAUGUGAGCUUUGUGGGGUUGGAAUCAGUUUUUUUUCUUUUUUUAAAGCCACAUGGGAGCUGCAAAUUCACUGCAUAUUGUAGGUGCUGGGUGUACACACUACGUAGAUGAAUCAUAU